AUGAAUGAUGAUGCAGAGACAAACUUGGCGAGGAGUUUCAGCGAUGAUACUCACUCAGGGUUCGAGCUGUCGGAGAUAUGCUUGUCAGAUGAAUGGAUGGACGAUGAUCUUGUCUCUGCGGUUUCGGGGAUGAAUCAUUCUUAUGGUUAUCAGACCAGUGAUGCUGCUGCUGUCUUCUUCUCAGGUUCCUCUAGCAGUUUGAUUCAUCCUGAACCUCCAUGUACCAACACUUUUAUUGCCGCUACAUUCCCUGCUUCAGCCGUAAACCAAAUUAAGAAAGAAAAGAAGAAAGUUAAAAAGAGAGUUGCAUUCAAGACACGGUCUGAGAUAGAAGUCCUUGACGACGGGUUCAAAUGGAGAAAGUAUGGGAAGAAGAUGGUGAAAAACAGCCCAAAUCCCAGAAACUACUACAAAUGUUCACUUGAUGGCUGUCCUGUGAAGAAAAGGAUCGAAAGAGACGGAGAUGAUCCGAGCUUUGUGAUAACAACUUACGAGGGCUCCCAUAAUCACUCAAGCAUGAGCUAA